AUGAAGACGUGUGCGUGUUCAAGUGCUCGGUGUCCCGGGAGACGGAGUGCAGCCGCGUGGGCAAGCAGUCCUUCAUCAUCACGCUGGGCUGCAACAGCGUGCUCAUCCAGUUCGCCACGCCCAGCGAUUUCUGCUCCUUCUACAACAUCCUGAAAACCUGCCGGGGCCACACCCUCGAGCGGUCCGUCUUCAGCGAGCGGACAGAGGAGUCCUCUGCCGUCCAGUACUUCCAGUUUUACGGCUACCUGUCCCAGCAGCAGAACAUGAUGCAGGACUACGUGCGGACGGGCACCUACCAGCGCGCCAUCCUGCAGAACCACACCGACUUCAAGGACAAGAUCGUCCUUGACGUGGGCUGUGGCUCCGGGAUCCUGUCGUUCUUUGCCGCCCAGGCUGGAGCAAGGAAGAUCUAUGCAGUGGAGGCCAGCACCAUGGCCCAGCACGCCGAGGUCCUGGUGAAGAGCAACAACCUGACCGACCGCAUCGUGGUGAUCCCCGGCAAGGUGGAGGAGGUGUCACUGCCCGAGCAGGUGGACAUCAUCAUCUCGGAGCCCAUGGGCUACAUGCUCUUCAACGAGCGCAUGCUGGAGAGCUACCUCCACGCCAAGAAGUACCUGAAGCCCAGCGGAAACAUGUUCCCCACCAUUGGCGACGUCCACCUGGCGCCGUUCACGGACGAGCAGCUCUACAUGGAGCAGUUCACCAAGGCCAACUUCUGGUACCAGCCCUCCUUCCACGGAGUGGACCUGUCGGCCCUCCGAGGUGCUGCAGUGGACGAGUAUUUUCGGCAGCCAGUGGUGGACACGUUUGACAUCCGAAUCCUGAUGGCCAAAUCUGUCAAGUACACAGUGAACUUCUUAGAAGCCAAAGAAGGAGAUUUGCACAGGAUAGAAAUCCCAUUCAAGUUCCACAUGCUGCACUCAGGGCUGGUCCACGGCCUGGCUUUCUGGUUUGACGUCGCUUUCAUUGGCUCCAUAAUGACCGUGUGGCUGUCCACCGCCCCGACGGAGCCCCUGACCCACUGGUACCAGGUCCGGUGUCUGUUCCAGUCACCACUGUUCGCCAAGGCCGGGGACACGCUCUCAGGGACAUGUCUGCUGAUUGCCAACAAAAGACAGAGCUACGACAUCAGUAUUGUGGCCCAGGUCGACCAGACGGGCUCCAAGUCCAGUAACCUCCUGGACCUGAAGAACCCCUUCUUCAGGUACACGGGCACCACGCCCUCGCCGCCGCCUGGCUCGCACUACACGUCGCCCUCGGAGAACAUGUGGAACACGGGCAGCACCUACAACCUCAGCAGCGGGAUGGCCGUGGCCGGGAUGCCGACGGCCUACGACCUGAGCAGUGUUAUCGCCGGCGGCUCCAGCGUGGGCCACAACAACCUGAUCCCUCUCGCCAACACGGGGAUUGUCAAUCACACGCACUCGCGGAUGGGCUCCAUAAUGAGCACAGGGAUCGUGCAAGGUACGCGCGGGGCCGGCGGUCCCGCCGCCCUCUCGCUGCUCGCUCUCUCCUCUCUCUGACCGCGGGCCGCGCCGGGAGGUGGCCCAGCGCUCAGUGC